GGUUUGAGGACGGUCUUUUUCGCGUCACUGCUUGUCACAGUUGCUCCACGUUUUCGGCUGUUAUUUUUGAAAGAGAUCCUGAGCGAGCGAUUCCUAAUCGUCACAGAGCAAGUUCUUUCGACGAAGUAUUCUACAUUUAAAGGAUCAGCUGUUACCGGACCGAUGAGCGUCGACAUAAAUGAAAAGGAGGCGCAAAAGUUGCUGAUUGCAGGAAGGAUAUUCCAAGGCGAUACAAUGAGCCAGCUGUCGUCGGCAACGGUGUGUUUAGCGACGUCUUAAUCCCGCGGAGACUCCCGCGGGCGCGGUCGAGGAGAAAAAGAGGUCACCGGCAGCCACCUGUGACUCUCUCUCUCUCUCUCUCUCUUCUCACUGGAAGGACUCGGAAACUCCUGCCGGUGAAUAGGAAACACGGAGAAAGAGGAAAGACCAGUUGCUGGGAUAAGUCGCACAAAAGCUAGGGAUUUUAACUCGAGUCGCCGAACGGACGGACGGGCGCGAUUUCCCCGGAGGAAGAGAUGCGAGGUCUCGCGAGAGCGCAAUGUAAGCGGGGUAAGUGAAUGGAGAGGCCGACGGCGGGCGACGUCGUCAGGCGGAAAAACGCGAUCGUCUCGGCGCGGCAUCGAUCGCGAUUGAUCGAUCCCGAGAAGCCACUACCACCACCAACUAGUUCCUGACCGCGGACCCGGGUCAGGAACCGCCGCGGGGAAUCGAAUUAGUCUUCUCCGGAGGAAAGGCGACGGACGGGCGGGGACGGACAGGACGUGAGACGCGCGACCGUAUUGGAUUUUCAGAAGGUGGACGAGGCUCCGACCGACCGACCCGCGGGUGAUGCCAUCCUGAAGCGGUGACAUUCUCGCGGUCGUGCUCGAAGAUUACGGUGCGACCGAUUGGAGAACAUGGCCGAUCUCGAGAGAAUCAGGCUGGUGGUGCUCGGCGGCGCCGGGGUCGGCAAGAGCGCCAUAAUACGCCGACUGCUCGGCCAGGGUUUCAGCGAGCGAUACCGGCCCACCGUCGAGGAUCUCUAUUCCCGGGAAUGCGUUCUCGGCACCCUGACGUUCAAGGUCGACCUCUUGGAUACCGCGGGUGACCUACAGUUCCCCGCGAUGAGGCGGCUCAGUAUAGCCACCGCCCACGCGUUUUUGCUUGUAUACGCAACGACAUCGCUGCCGAGCUUCGACUGCGUGAAACGUUGCUUCGAGGAAGUGAGAGAACAACGACCCGAUUUCCAGGAAGUACCGAUAGUCGUCGCCGGGAACAAGCUUGAUCUGGCGCCGGCACGAAGGGAAGUACCUAUCGAGGACGUGAGCGAGUGGCUGUUUUGUGAACUGCCAAAGCUGCGCGGCAAAGUGAUGGAGUGCUCGGCGAAGGACGACUACAACAUUAAGGAUAUUUUCAGAUGUUUCGUCACGCUUUCCCGGAUUGUGCCGAAAAAUCCCACUGGCGAAGCCGGCGAGGAAUCCAGCGGGCUUAGGAGGAGAUGUUCGGCGUACGGAUCGCGCAGGUCCGGCAGUCCGAGCGGCAGGACCGGUAGCGCGGGUCCCGGCGGGAAUCCACAGCAAGUGGUCGCCGCCCAAGGCUCCACAGUCGUCACGGUCACCGAGGAGGUGAAGAGCAAACCGCGUAGCCGCAGCCUGAUCAGGCGCGCUUCGAGAAAGACGAAACAGCAGAUCAGGGACGCUCACGCCGACGACUGCAACAUCUCCUAAGCCGAUCAUCCCGAUGAGGAUCGAUGGGACACGAGUCUGGUCGUGACCGCAAGCCCGCAGGUCCCGAUAAUUGCGAGGUGACGUUAUAACACGACGUUAUUAAGCGAAUCAUAUGGUCAAGUAAACAUAAGUGCAUUAAAAUAAGAUUCAAGUUAGCGGCCGCGAUUUGCAAGGGAGUUUCGCGGUGAGAAACCUUUUCACGAACGACAGAUCCGUUCGCAGCUUAUUCCGUUGUUGAUUCACGGAAUUUUGAAAAAGUCGGAGGCAAGCGCGGCAAGCCGAUAAAAUGACUAGUUCUAGAAGAAGUUUAGCUUGAAGCUCGAGGAGAUAUAAAACCGUCGACUUCGUAGGGUUCGUGCCAGAAAGCGUGUGUAUUGAUAACAAGAGAAUUAAAUCCUGAGUUUUUUCGACACUGGCUCUUUCUUGAUAAUAUUUCAUCGAAAAUAUUAAAUAUAGCAAUCAAAAAAUAUCUAUUUCCCCCCCUUUCAGGGUAAUCUGAUAACUUUAAUUUUGAUGUGAAAAUCGAAUAGUGAUUAAACGAUUCGUUAAAUUCUUAUUCGAGAAAAAUGCAAAUUAUAUAAGAGAAAAGUUUUCUGCUAUUGAUAUACACCUUCUUUGGAACAUCCUGUACAUAUAUUAACGGUGUAGACGUGAAAUUGAUGUUUAACGACGGAUAUAUAAUUUUUUUUCAACGAAUGAAUAAGCUCUUAUAUUUCCUAAUGCUUAAAUUUUCGAACAUUCAAAGUAGAAAGCUACAUUAUUAAUAUAUUUUACAUUUAAAAAAAAACAAUUUUUUUACAGCUAAGAACUAUUUUCGCAAUUGUUUUUACAAUGUUCUCAGAGUAUCUCAAAAUGUGCAUAACAAAAAUAAUAUAAGAUUUUCGUUAUAUAUAGAAAAAUUUGCAUAACAAAAAGAGCACGCGGCAUACAUAAUCAAAUGCAAAAAAAUGCAUAUCGUUUUCUUCAAUCAAAUUUUUUUAAAGUAUUAAAUAUAUACGUAUAUCAAUUAAUCGUAUACAAUAUGCGAACUUAAAAGCGUUGUCUUGUUCUCGAAAAAUAAAGGUUGUAAAGUGCGAGAUUUACUGAGCAGACUCGUAAGAUUAUGAAAGAAAAUAAGAAAACAAGAAAAAUAGGGAGAGAUAAGAGCAUUACGGUAUUGGAAAAAUACUACAAAAGUAGCGAAUCUUCAAUCUUGCAGAAAGAUCAAAAGAAUUUACGACGAACACGUGGUAAAUUCGCAAUGUCGAGGUAAAGAUAAAAAAACAAGAUCAAAAAUGUCAAUUUAGCAAAUAUAGUUCUUUGAAAAUAUAUUCUUUCGUUACUUAGGUCAAGAAAUCAAAAUAUCAUGCUCUCAAUAUUUGAUACCAUUCGUAAUUAUAUAUGGAACAAUUGGCGAAAGUUAACGAUUGUUAUUUAAAAUAUUUAGAAAAAUUUUGAACAUUAUCUAACAGGAUUAAAAUCAAUUUAAAUAUAAAUUAGGCGCAGAAGCUUCAAAACAAUGCACCUGCGUUUAAACACAUACGAUAUCUAAUUAAAACAUUCCGGUAGACACGACGUCCAGAGAUACGCUCUCGAAAUUUUUUAUCUCAUGCAUAAUACAAACGCAUUUUUGCGUAAAUAUCAAUUUUAUCAAACACACAACUUUAUCAAAGGAAAUUUCAGACGCGAACACACCGCCGCCGCGUAAAAAAAAAUUGUUUGCAAAUUCUGCGAUGUACAAUCGCCAAAUCUUGAGGUACUAUUUUUUAUUUGCAAUUUUUCUGCUAAAUUGUCUUGUCAGAAACAUGUGCUUCUCUUUUCUAACGCUUAUGACACAAAGACAAAAUGAGCUAAUGUACUAUAUGUAUAUUUUUUAAGUCUCAACAUGUCGUCGAGAAAUAUGUUAAAACUUUAGCGACUUCAUUUCCGAUUCUGUAUGUGCAACAACAUUGAAAUCAAGUUUUGCUUAACGUAAAUUUCACCGUUUUUUAAGAAUUCUUACGUUAAAUAUCUUCGAAUGUUAAAUAAAUUCGAACGUUAAAUAUCUUGAUAAUUAAUAUGCAACUUGUCUGUUGAAAUCUGUAUGCUUAACAUUAAUUAAAGAAUAAUUAAUUCUUCAAAACAUUACUUUAUCGAAAUUGAUUUCUCUUUAGCAAAGCAUUUCUAAACGAAAGUGAGUGUAAUGAUAAUUCUGAGACACUCGGUACAACCUGUUUAAAUUAAAAAAAAAUUAUUUUAUCAAAUUUUUUCGCACGACUAUGUGCUUUGUUAUAAUUUCGAAAUUUGCGAUACAUUAAUUUUUAUUUUACGCACCAAGUGCACAAUAAUUACACGAACAGUUCGCAGUCGUUGGACAUGUUAAUAUCCCGAAAGUAUACUACAAUUUAGGAAUUAUAAUAUUCAUAAACACAAUUAAAGAAACUAUUAGAAAUUCCAGUAACAUGUAUGCAAUUGUAAUUGUGUAAUGUGUGUAUUAUCAUAAUUACAUACCUAUUUAAAUAAUAAUUGUGAUAACACAAUAUAUAUAUAUAUACAAAUACAAUUGCAUACACAGGAAAUAUCGAAGCACAUUAUUUUAGAUAUUCGGAUCUAGAUAGGGUGCUGAUUAUAAUGUAGUUAGGGACGAAUUGAUAGAAACGAUUCUCCUCCUUGUUCUAUAUCUUAAGGAAUCGAGCUACAAUUUCCUUGAUUUAAUUGAAUUCUACUUAUUUGAAUUUAUUAUUUAAUUAUAAUUAUGACUUUAUUAUACCAUUUCAAAUCAUUAGAAUGCUCUACUUUUCUCUAA